UUCUUGCCCAUUCUGCACCACUAAUCCUUCCUUCACCUUUAUCCUUUAUCGCUCCAAUUGCCCAUCAAUCAUGUCCGAUGAUGAGGUCGAUCAUGAACUCCUCGAACUCCUCCGGCAAUCGCUGCUAGGCUCUACACAAAAGCCUGACGACAUCACUUCCGACACCAAGGUUUUGCGCCAUGCUGAAUUUAUCUACGACAAUAGCAUUGAUGUGAACAUUGACGCUCGUAGUACAAGAGCUGCUGCUCAAUUGAUCUGGUCACAGAUGCAGCAACGCAACUACAGUACUGAGACUUGGUCAGAGCAUGAACUACAUCCAAAGUCAAAGGAUGAGGCCACUCUCAAUUUCAUCUUUGUCAUGGAUCUCCUCAACUUCAGCUUCUGGAGUGAGAAGUCUGAGGACGAGAGAUUCGCUGUCGAGUAUCGUGGCAAGAAGUGGACUGGCUACUGGAGCUUGGUAGCAUGUCUGCAGAGGGCUCUUGACGAAGAUAUUCCAAUCACAACACCCUCCUUCUAUGCCGAUGAGUUAGAGUGUCCAGACGAAAAACUCGCAUACGUCUUCCGCUCCUCGACCGAAGAAGAAAUCCCAUUGCUGCAAGAAAGAAUUGAUUGUUUACGGGAAGCCGGUCAGGUGCUUGAAGAAGACUUCGAUGGCAGCGUCGCCAACCUGAUUGAAGCCGCUGGUAACAGUGCAGGUAAACUGGUCAACCUCCUGUCUCAUCAUUUCUCUUGCUUCAACGAUGAAUCAAAAUUCGAGAAACGAACGGUCCGCAUUAUGAAGCGACCUCAGAUCCUGGUGGCCGAUAUCUGGGCUGCUUUUAAUGAGGAAAGCUAUGGCGAGUUCAAUGACAUCGACGCCAUUACCAUGUUCGCCGAUUACCGUGUACCUCAAAUGCUUCACACACUAGGUUGCCUCACCUACAGCCCACCGUUGGACAGCAUUGUCCGUGCACACCAAAUUAUUCCCCAUCACUCACCAUACGAAGUUCAAUUGCGCGGCUGCAGUAUCUGGACUGUUGAGAUGAUCCGAAGAGAGAUCAUCAGAACGAAUCCUAGUGCCAAGGUCAAUGCCAUCUUGAUCGACUUCUUCCUGUAUGAUCUGGCCAAGGAGAAGGAGAAGGCUGGUGAACCGGCCAUACCUCACCAUCGAACUAGGUCGAUUUGGUAUUGAUGGACGAGGGCAAUGUUAACCAUGGUUCUUUCGUUCUGGCUUGUUCUUUACGCUGUACUCGAGCACUAACAAUGGUACAUAGUGUCGGUCCGACUGGGAUGUCUUCACGAAACUAGCUGUCGCCGGGGUGCGUUACGCGCUGCACAAACAUGAGCAACUUAGGCCGGUUACCUACCAACAAAUAGGUUGCGUGGCCCAAUGGCAAGGCGCUUGACUACGAAUCAAGAGAUUCCAGGUUCGACCCCUGGCGUGAUCAUUAUUUUGCUCGUCUGUUGGCCAUCCAUGCGUGCUGCCGACGAGGUUUCCUUUUGCCAACUGUAGCGGGAC